AUGGACUAUGAUCCAGAUGGCGGCCAAAUCAACGUCCGCUUCCUCCAGGCCGACAACCAGCGCGCCCACUUCAUUGUUCAGAACUUCAAUCUCGAGACCGCAAAUGCACUUCGCCGUGUAAUGCUCGCCGAGAUCCCGACGCUUGCCAUCGAUGUUGUCGAAGUGUUUGACAACACAUCGGUCCUUGCCGACGAGUUUGUCUGCCACCGACUUGGUCUCAUUCCCUUGUCGUCAAAGGGCGUAGACGACCUGUUGUAUUCGCGCGACUGCGACUGCGAAGGCUACUGCGACAACUGCAGCGUCGUUCUUACCCUCAAUGCCAAAUGCACAGGAAGCGAGGUUAUGAAGGUGUAUGCGCGCGAUCUGGUCAUCGAGUCGAGGCCGCCAAACGACGAGUUAGGACGGCCAGUGAUUACGGAUUCAGAGGGGACGGGCAGUUGUAUCGUGAAGCUACGCAGAGGCCAGGCCAUCAACAUGAAGUGCAUUGCAAAGAAGGGUAUUGCAAAGGAACACGCAAAGUGGGCGCCCAGUGCAGCGAUUGGAUUCGAAUACGAUCCCGCAAAUAAGCUGCACCACCUGGACUACUGGCACGAGGAAGACGCGGAGAAGGAGUGGCCCAAAGACGAAGCCCGUGUCAAUCUCGACGGCGGCCCACCCAACCCCGACGAGCCCUUCAACUACAACGCCGUGCCCACGCGCUUCUUCUACGACGUCGAGACAGUCGGUGGUAUCGAGCCCGAUCAGAUUGUCACAAAAGGAAUCCAACGGUUACAAAUCAAACUUGCCGAAGUCCUCAAAGAACUAUCUGGUGGCAUUGGAGACCACGAGGACUUCGGCGGUGCCCAAAGCCCCAUGAUGAAUGGCGGAGGCUACGGCGAUGCAGGAGGUUACACGCCGGUGGGAGGCCCCGGAGGCUAUGGCGGUGCCAGUUCCUGGGGUGGUGCAGCCCAAGGAGGUACCACGCCAUAUGGUGCUACGCCUUACGGCCAGGGCUGGUAG